CCCUCUUGACCACAAGCCCGCCUUGAGAUCCUUUCAAGAACGGCUGACCCGGCUGACCCCCCGACUCAAUUCGAAUCUCACCAUUACCGGCACGAACAUCCACCCUUAGCCCCACCACAGCGCGCUCUCUGGUCCGCGGCCAGACCCUCUCACCUCCAACACAGCCCAUCGCAUGCCUUCCGGCCGCUCGGAUGCGCUCCGUCGCCCACUGGAACAACCGACGGAUCAACCUAAUGGAGAAGCGGCGGCAUCGAACGGUCAAACUCAGAGCCACAGGGUGUUUAUUGCAAUAAAACGCUAUGAAUCCGGCGCAAGCGGGGGGAUAUAGCGGAACUCAGGACGCGGAAUCGGGACACCAUCCAUUCACCCAACAGCCACACACAGACUCGGCAUCUCCCAGCUCCGGGGUAAUUCACGACGACCCAAUCGAAAUUGACAAUAAUAGCUAUUUAUCUCCCGAAGUUCGCGCCUUGUUGGAACAGGGCACCGGGUCAACGGGGUUAGAAGUGGACGAGGACGAGGACGGAGAGGAGGAAUACGGUGACGACGAAGCGGACGCGGACGAGGAACAAGAAACUGCUCAGUCUGUCUACGCUAUGAGCAUGUAUCCCGGCGUCGGGCCUGCCUACCAGGUUGAGCACCCAUAUGAGAACGGCCAAGACUCGGCUACCAUCGAUUCUGCACGAACAUUGUACGCCGAGGACUUCGACUUCGUCGUGGAAAAUGGGCGGCAAUAUUGCGGCGACUACUUCUUGCCCAUCGACCAGACGGAGCAGACGCGCCAAUAUGUCAUCCACCAGGUCUUCCUCAAGCUCUUCGACCUCGAGCUGACGACGGUGCCAUUGGAGAACCCGCGCUACAUUCUCGAUAUCGGGACGGGGAUAGGCGAGUGGGCCAUCGGCAUGGCCGAGAAGUACCCGCAAUGCGAGGUCUUUGGCACCGACAUUGCGCCCAUCCAACCCACACAUCAGGUUCCGUUCAACAUCGAAUUCCACAUUGAGAAUGCGGAAGAGGAAUGGAUCCGCCCGGCAAACGCAGUUGAUCUGGUGCAUCUCCGCAAUCUGCAAGGCGCCUUCUCCGACUGGCCCUUCAUCUACAACCAAGCCUUCGCAUGCAUAAAGCCGGGCGGUUGGAUCGAAGUGAUCGACUGGGAAGACUUCUUCGCCGACGAGAACUACCUCACAUUCUACCCGGAAGGCUCCGCGCCGCAGAUCUUCACCCAGGCGGUCCUCGACGCCGCCGAGCUGGCCGGCAAGCCCCGCGACUCGCGGCACCUCAACCGAGACCGGCUGCUCGAGGCGGGCUUCGUCGACAUCCAGGAGUCGGUGUACGACCUGGGCAUCGGGUCGCGCGAGAGCAGCAGCUACGGCAAGUUCUGGCUCUUCUCCCUCGUCACGGGCAUCGAGGCCACCAGCCUGCGCCUGCUGACCAAGUACCUCGGCUGGGACGCCGGCGAGGUGCGCGAGCUGUGCGAGAAGGUCGCCCGCGAGACCAAGCUGGUGGCCGAGGACCCGGCGAGAGUGGACGCCUUCGUUAUCAAGCUCCGCGUGGUCACCGCGAGGAAGCCCUUGGGGAAUGAAAAUGGGGAUAUGAAAGAUCAUAGCGGGGAUGAUAGCACGAUUGGGGGGAGGACGAUACGGUCCGAGGGGAGGGCUUGAAAGGAAGGGAGUGAGGGGAGUGAGGGAGUGACUGAGGUGAGGGGACAUGACUUACAACUGCCCGCGGAGGGUUUGGAUCCGUGGGAGUAUGAAUUUUCGACGCAAAAGGGGAAGCAAAAGGGAGAGCAAGGCAGCUCCCCGUUCCAAUUCUUUUUUUCUUCUGUUUUCUUUUUUGUUAUUUUUUACAUUCCCCUGUAGAUACCCAAUUGGCCUUUCUGUGUACGUACAUACAUAACUUACCUCAGGGUUGCAUGACUGGGUAACUGAAAACCAGGGUAAUGAUAGUCGGCAGUUAUUACACGCUUUCUCAUGGAAUCGUAC